CCAAAGCCCACUGUGUACGUGCGCGCGCGCGCGGUCUCAGCGAUAGCAGACGAACCGUACAGGAGAACAGGAACGUCCGAAAGAUUAGUUUGAUUUCCUCAAAGCAGCCACCGAGACAAAGGGAUAUUCAAGGACUUUGGUGUAUGUGUGCAGAUAUUGAUUUUUCGCCUUUUGCGCUCGUGUAAGGUCGUCCCCGGUAAGAGAGAGGCCAGCUGCUCUGCUGCCUGGCUUGGUGGCGACGGCGUGACGUCACGACGCUUCCGGGCAUGCGCAGUGGAGACGGUUCGAGCAGCCAUCCUAACAAUGGCGUGAAUGUGUGGAGUGCGUGCGUGUGUGACUGCAUUUUUAUGGGUUUCUACGCGAAAUCAUGUGUUCCCUCACGCCCAUGACUCAACUUGAAAUCGUGGCCGAUGUGUAUUGUGACGGACAGACACUUUCUGGAAGUGAUGCCGGAGGAUUGGCAGGCAUGGGUUGGCAGCAGGGGGGGCCCCCCGUAAACCAACAGCAGCAGCAACUGUCAGUGGUAACCACGGUGUGGGGCGUGACGGCCACAACGCAGAGUGGGCCGGGGGGACCGCACUACCCCCCGGCCAAGGGGCCUGGGGGCCCCUAUGCACAGGGGAGCUACCCGACGGGAGGUGUCACCCCUGGACCCCCCAAUAAGGGCUACCAGGGAGUACCUCCUGCCAGGCAGCCACCAAACUCCUAUGCAGGGUUUCCCAGUAGGUACGGCCAGAACCCAGGCGGCAUGGCAGGUGGGGGUGGAGGGGGACCCAAUGGGGAAUUCCAAGGGGGUCCGGCACUCAGCGCGGCAGCACUGGUGGCCGCCGCGACGGCCACAGCUACGGCUACUGCCAGCGUGGUGGCGCUACAGGAGAGACAGCAACAGGAAGCUAUGGGCAACCAGUACCCACAGAUGCCAAACCACCAACAGUUCCAAGGAGGCUACGGGGGCCCUACGCAGAGGAUGCCCCACCACGGCGCCCAAAUGGGGUCUCCCAUGAUGGGAGGGCAGCCGACUGGACACCCUAUGGGACCCAUGGGUCCAAAAGUCACCUCUAACAUGUACCCGGGACCCAACCAGCCCCGUGGCAGACCCUACCCGAACCCGCAGCAGUACAUGGUCCAAAAGAGGCAGCAGCAGUCCCAGUAUUCUGCACAGCAGUAUGGGGGACCCAGUCCCAUGCAGGGCUACGGCCCUUCUCCGUCAGCACAGCAACCCUACAGCGCACAGCAGUACCCAAGUCAGCAGAACGGUCCCUUUUCCAAGCAGCAGGCACAAGCCCCUCAGUACGGAGGACCAGCUGGUGGCGGUCCCAUGCAAGGGGGACCGGCGUAUCAUCCCGGUGCGCCUCAGAUGAGGCCCAGGACCCAGGGGCCUCCUUCUUCAUACCCUGGACCUCAGAGCCAAGCCCCCCAAUACUACCAACAGACAGCACAGAUGAGCAGCAUGCCUCCGCAGCAGUAUGAACAACAGUUUAUGCCAGGAAAUCAGUACCCGCCCCAUAAUUUCCAGCAAAGAAACAUGAACUACCAGCACUCACCCAUUCCUGGGAACCCAACACCACCCCUGACCCCAGCAUCGGGCAUUCCUCCCUACCUCUCUCCCAAUCAUCAGGACACGAAACCUGUGUUUCCUGACAUGAAACCCCCACUGCCAAUUCAAAAGGAUGACGAGCUGCGGUUGACAUUCCCGGUGAAGGACGGGAUAAUCCUGGCCCCGUUCCGUCUGGAACACAACCUAGCCGUGAGCAACCAUGUGUUCCACCUGAAGCCUUCGGUGCACGAGACGCUUAUGUGGCGGUCGGACCUGGAGCUGCAGCUCAAGUGCUUCCACCACGAAGACCGGCAGAUGCACACCAAUUGGCCGGCUUCCGUGCAGGUCUCGGUCAAUGCCACACCCCUGUCCAUUGACAGGGGCGAGAGUAAGACCUCGCACCGGCCACUCUACCUCAAGGAGGUCUGUCAGGCUGGACGAAACACCGUGCAGAUCACUGUCACUGCCUGCUGCUGUUCGCACCUGUUCCUGCUCCAGCUCGUGCACCGGCCAACGGUGCGGUCGGUCCUGCAGGGUCUGUUGAGGAAACGCCUCCUGCCGGCCGAGCACAGCAUCAGCAAGAUCAAGCGCAACUUCUCGGCAGGGCCGCAGGGAGGGCCGCAACCCCCCUCCGCAACGGAGGACGGGGUGGAGCAGACGGCCAUCAAGGUCCAGCUCAAGUGCCCAAUCACCUUCAAGCGUAUCACGCUCCCGGCACGAGGACAAGAGUGCAAACACAUACAGUGUUUCGACCUCGAGUCAUACCUGCAGCUGAACUGCGAGCGAGGGUCUUGGAGAUGUCCUGUGUGCAGUAAAACAGCCAUCCUGGAAGGGCUGGAGGUGGACCAGUACAUGUGGGGAAUUCUCACCAAUCUCAGCAACUCUGACAUUGAGGAAGUCACCAUUGAUGCAACUGCCAGCUGGAAGCCCGUCACUAUCAAGUCUGUCAAGGAGGAGCACGAUGGGAGUGAGUCAUGCAGUGCACAGAAACGCUUGAAGGCCAUGAGCCCAGGCAGCAUGACCAUGCCCACCACAAGUACAUGGGAGAUGGGUCAGGGACUCUCUCCGUACCCAGCACUACCUCCACCUGACAUGCAAUCGUUAGUGAACGGCCCCAUGCAGAAUGGUCCUGGAGGCAUGGCCAAUGGCAUGAACUACAACAACCGUGGUUUUGACUUCCAGUCCCAGGCUUCUGACUUUGGAAGCCCCCUCUCGCAUCUCAAUGACAGUGUGGCUUCACUGGACCACCUGGCUGCCAUGGAGAAGUCACUCAACCAUCACGAACAGCAAAUGAUUCCUCCGCCGGCACCACAUGAUCAGGGUGGCAGUCGGCAGCCCCCUCAGUCAUCUUCAUCAUCCUCCAAUCAACCGCCGACGUCAGCGUCUGCAAACCCCGGAGGCAAUGCCCCUGCCACGCCGCAUGCACCUCCUUCGCAGCAGUCCGUUGGAAGUAACGGGCCCCUGACACCGUCUCACGGCCCUCACACUCCGCACACCCCUCACACACCGCACACCCCUGGGGGGCCCCCUAGUGUUCCACCAAGUGGAGGCCCCAACCAAGGCAUGGACAACAGCGGGGGCUCGGAUGCCCUGGCUCCAGACCUGAGUGAUUUGAGCUUCGACCCGGCCGCAGUGAUAGACGGAGAAGGCCAGGGUCAGGAAGGUCUUAAUCUCUUACCCGACGGCUGUGUCGACGCCAUGGAGCUCCUGUCCUACCUCGACCCCCCCGACAUGAGCAACUCCAAUGGGACGGGGACGGGAUCGCAGACGACCCACGGUGCCACGUCCGCUGGCAGCUCGGCCGGCAACGACGAUCUCCUCGCCCUCUUUGAGUGAAUGUGUGAGCACUCGGACGCUCUUGACUGAUGCUUCAUUGUACGAGACAACAAGCAGUGCAACGUUUGUGGUUGGAGAGGUGACUAAGCAUUCUCCCGCGUUGUUGUUGGUGGCACAAAAACAGACGUCAGUGUUUUUCUUUUUUUUAUUCUUUUUUUUCUGUGCCCCCCCUUCCCCGUGUGCAAAGUAUUACCCCCUCCCCCGAGAGUGGACGCUCGUUGCAAACUCUCCAACGUGUCUUAUUUUGCCGUGUAAGUUAUUGUGUGCGAGUGUGUGCGUAUGUUUUUUCCCUUUAUCAUUACCUGUGUUGUUCUGGUCGGCACAAAGUGCCGCGUUCCACCAUUACCUCAAACUGUACAGGAGCUGCUGAUGUGUUACCGGCAGGGUUUGUUACCAGAAGUGACACGACGAAUGAGGAAGUACCGUUAAAAACUGGGAAAAAAAAAAGAAAAAUGUGAGCUGUCUACGUAGUAGCUGGUGGUGCAUCGUGGGCAGAAGUAGGUUUUUUUUUUUAAGAUUAGUUUUAGGAGCCUUGUGUUUUAGGGUUAAAGCCGGUAAAACCCUUUUUUUUGUUGUGCCCUUCAAUUCGCAUUGUCGUCACUUAAGGGUAACGCCCGAAAAUUCCAGAAAAUGAACUUCCAAGGUGCAAAAUCAUCUCGCCAUCUGUCUGAAAUGCGAGAUACCCAGUUUACUUACUUUAACACCCGAUACAUACCCAAGUAGCCCGAUCUUUCCCCAACAUUGGGCCUAUAUUGCCAAUGUUGGUCCAAUAUUGGCCCAAGAUGUUGUGCUGCUUGCGCAGCUUCCGAAAUAAAACCUGAUUUUUAUUCCCUCCUCCCUCCGGUUUAAAUAUAUAAAAAAAAACAUAGAACCCGAAAACACAAGGGUCUAUAUAUUAACGCAGGAACCAGCCCACGUUGACAAGGAUUAUGGAGCAUUCUUCAAUACUAGCAAUGACAAUGGACACCUCGUUUACUUUUGGUAACAGAUCCUGACCCAUGGGGCAUUAGAGGGAAAGGGCAAUCAUGAAAACUUGCAAUGAUUAUGCAAAAUGUGUGGCACGGAGGAUAAGGGCUCGUAAAAUAUGUACAAAGAGUUGCUUUUUUGAGGUGUCUUAAACACUACUGUGUGUAUAUGCGUGUUCUACGUGUUAUUGUACAGCGAGGUACUUUCUUCUUUUUUUUUUUUUUUUUUUGUUAUUGUCGCUUUGUCAUCCUGGACACUUCAUUUUAUUUAUUGUGUAAAUGUGGCCCAAUCAUA